AUGAUCCCUACCUCUUCCAUAACUACGUCAGCUGUUUUCACCACUUCCACGACUACUUCUCCAGUUCCCAUCAUCUCCAUGAGUACAACUACAGUCCCCACCACUUCCACAACUACGUCUGCUGACUCCACCACCUCGACAACUAAAUCUGCAGUCCCCAACACUUCAAUGACUACUUCUCCAAUUCCCAUCAUCUCCACAACUACGUCUGCUGUCCCCACCACUUCCACAACUACUUCUCCGGUUCCCAUCAUCUCCAUGAGUACAUCUACAGUCCCCACCACUUCCACAACUACGUCUGCUGUCUCCACCACCUCGACGACUAAAUCUGCAGUCCCCAACACUUCAAUGACUACUUCUCCAAUUCCCAUCAUCUCCACAACUACGUCUGCUGUCCCCACCACUUCCACAACUACUUCUCCGGUUCCCAUCAUCUCCAUGAGUACAUCUACAAUCCCCACCACUUCCACAACUACGUCUGCGGUCCCCAACACUUCCACGACUACUUCCCCCAUUCUGAUCAUCUCGACAACUACUUCUGCAGUCCCUACAACUUCCACGACUACGUCUGCUGUUCCCACCACCUCCACGACUAUUGCUCCAGUUAGCAUCAUCUCAACGACUACUUCUGCAGUCCCUAGCACUUCUAAGACUACUUCUCCAAUUCCCAUCAUCUCCACAACUACGUCUGCUGUCCCCACCAUUUCCUCGACUACUUCUCCAGUUCCCAUCAUCUCCACAACUACGUCUGCUGCCCCCACCACAUCGACAACUACGUCUGUGGUCCCCAACACUUCCACGAGUACAUCUACAGAACCCACCACUUCCACAACUACUUCAACAGUCCCCACCACUUUCACAACUACGUCUGCUGUCCCCACCACUUCCACGAGUACAUCUACAGAACCCACCACUUCCACAACUACUUCAACAGUCCCCACCACUUUCACAACUACGUCUGCUGUCCCCACCACUUCCACGACUAAAUCUGCAGUCCCUACAACUUCCACGACUACGUCUGCUGUUCCCACCACUUCCACGACUACUUCUCCAGUUCCCAUCAUCUCAGCGACUACUUCUGCAGUCCCCACCACUUCCAUGACUACUUCUGCAGUUCCCAUCAUCUCUACGACUCCUUCUGAAGUCCUGUCCACUUCCACAACUACUUCUGCAGUCCCUACCACUUCAGCGACUACGUCUGCUGUUCCCACCACUUCCACAACUACUUCUGCAGUCCCCACCUCUUCCACGAGUACAUCUACAGAACCCACCACUUCCACUACUUCAACAGUCCCCACCACUUUCACAACUACGUCUGCUCUCCCCACCACUUCCACGACUAAAUCUGCAGUCCCUACCACUUCCACGACUAUGUCUGCUGUUCCCACCACUUCCACGAGUACUGCUCCAGUUCCCAUCAUCUCAACAACUACUUCUGCAGUCCCCAGCACUUCCACGACUACUUCUCCAGUUUCCACCAUCUCCACGAGUACAUCUACAGUCCCCACCACUUGCACAACUACCUCUAGAGUCCCCAUCACUUCCACAACUACUUAG